AUGUCGUCCACCAUCGCUUCCGGCAUUGCCGCCCCGGCGCGGGCGAGCACUGUGGCCACCAACAAGCGGGCGAUCUCCUCCGUCCAGGCUCUCGGUGGCGCCCGCCUGGCUCCCCGCCCGGCCGCCCGCGCCGCGCCGCUGCAGUCCCGCAGCUCCGUCGUCGUCGAGGCGCGCGCCAGCAAGGGCGCUCAGGUCCAGAAGACGGUCGAGGUCGACAAGCCGCUCGGCCUGAACCUCGCCCAGGGCAAGAACGGGCUGACGGUCAAGUCGUCGUCGGGCAACGCGGCCAAGGCCGGCAUCGAGAAGGGCGACACCGUCAUCUACGCGUCGUCGUACUUCGGCGACGAGCUGUGGCCCGCGGACAAGCUCGGUUUCACCCGGUCUGCCAUCCAGGCGUGCCCGAGCCCGGUCGCGUUCGUCAUCACCAAGGGCGAGAACACGUCCGUCGACGUGAAGCGCCUGCCCAAGAAGGCCGCGCCCAAGCGCUUCGGCCGGAAGCUCACGGCGUCGCAGAAGGAGCUCGCGACGCACAUCUGCAUCGACUGCGGGUACAUCUACUGCGACAAGACGCCGUUCGACGAGCUCGACCUCGACUACCGGUGCCCGCAGUGCCUGGCGCCCAAGCGGCGCUUCGCCGGGUUCGACCCGGAGACGGGGAAGAAGGACACCUCCGCGCAGCUGUUCGCGCAGGUGGGGACCGUCGCCACCGUCGUGGUCGGCCUCGGCGCCAUCGCCGUGCUGUUCUGGCUCGCCAGCAGCGUCUGA